UCAGAGCCAAGAAACAAGAACUUGAAUGAAAUGGUCACCUCGGGAGGCAGAUACUGUUGAACCUUCAAGGAAGUAAGUUUGGCUUGUAACUUUCAUUUUUUAUGUUUUUCGAACUUGCGCACUGUGCUGACACUGCGGCCAUCCCACGACUCUCCAGAUGUCCACAAGCUGGCCUGAGCAAGAUCGGGUUGUCAUUCCUAACCACAAAACAGAAUUGCUUUCGAAACCAGCCUAUAAGAUAUUCAGCACAGGAUCCCCGUCAAGCUUAUUGCCCCCGAAAUCCCCCCCCAAAAAAAAAAACCCACCAAAAAACCAUGGGCCUGGAGUCAUCUUCUGCUGGGUGAGGACCUUGGCAUAUCUGGCAUACUUACUCAAGCACAGUAGCUACGCAUGGUUUGAGGGUUAUCACAUGAUGUAACAUUUAUUGGCAUUCCUUUCUGUCAUUUCAGUGGGAUCGCAAAGCCGCAUAUGAAAUGUGCUCGAAUGCCGCACGUCAGGUUGAAUGCCCAGGCAGCGGCCCCACUUUACAGGGGCUUCUCCCUCUUGACGUUUGGCGGGCCGUCCACGGGUGGUCCUCUAAAGUCUAAUCCAGUGCCGACGCGGAAACGUCGGACCUUGACUUGUCCCGGACCCCAGGAAGCAUAAAGUCAGCUUAAAACCUCGCAGCCACGGGCACGUCGUCAAGUGUCUUGGCCCAGAAUUUGUUCUGUUUCAGUCAGACACGAUUGUGCUUUCAAAAUGGGUGUCAACAUCAGGUCAAGCAUCCUGGUGGUGCUUCUUGCCCCCCUCGCUGCGUUGCUAGUCGCGCGGGCCCAAGUUCUGUCGUUGGCUUACUUCAACGCUCAAGAACGGAUGCCUAGGCAUGCAAACUUCAGCUCGCACGAGGUCAAGUUCGCAAACCAGAUCCGAAAUUGCGAGGAUGCGGUGCUGGUCGAGACCAGAGGCAUCGCACUUCUUGCAUGCGACACAGGCCGGGAGAACUGGAACACAGUCAUGGGUGACUUGGUUGAGGACGCUGAGCCUGACCCCAAUGCUGAGUUUUAUACCUGGAACUAUGGCGACAAGGAGGGCAGCCUCGAGCGUAUCCAGAUCGAUGGUUUCCACUCGGAACUCCGCACGAUAGGAUUCGAAUACCACGAGCCCAGCUCCACGCUCUUCGUCACGAACCAUGGCCGCCAGGGCUCCCGGGUCGAGCAAUUCCAGCUGGACCUCGACACACUGACAGCCACGCACGUCCGCACCAUUGCUCACCCCUUGAUCAGCAUCCCGAACUCCAUUGCCGCAGUGACCGGGUCGGAGUUCUACGUCACAAACCAGCACUACUUCACCGCCCGUGAGCACCCGCUUCUCUGGGCCCUCGAGACAUACACCGCGCCACCUAUCGCAACAGUGGUGCACGUGCAGGUUCUAGAGAAUGGCACCAUCGACGCUGCCGUGGUCGCCCGCCAGGCCUACCCCAACGGCAUCGUCAUGUACAACAGCACGACCCUGGCCGUGGCGUCGUCGAGCAAGCGGACCGUGAACCUGUACAACGUCUCGUCGGCAGCAGGCGCGGGAACGCACCCGAGCCUGGAGCUAGCUGACAGCUUCUGGCUGCCGUUCCUGCCGGACAACCUCGCCCUGUCGAAGGAUGACGGAGCUCUUCUCGUCGCGGGUCACCCGCACCUGCCGAGCCUGAACAAGUUCGCCCGGUCGCGGAAGGUCUGCCACCGCCCAGAGGUGCUGAAGGCGCAGGGAGAGGAGGCACAGGCCAUGUGUGCAGGCACCGGUGCCGCUUCAUGGGCGGUUGAGUGGACUCCAGAAGGUGGUGUGAGGCACAUAUAUGCCGGAUGGGAUUACCCAACGAGCGCGACGGUUGUGAGGGAUAGGAAAAGAGGCAUGGGGAUCGUGGCGGGGCUAUAUGCUAAGGGCCUGCUAGUAUGGAGUGACUGACCUAUCAGGCAGGGACGGUGGAUAGAGAAAGAUUCGGGUCCUGGGAUGGCCACGAAACGGACCUCGAGAACCAUUCGCGUCGGGAUAUUUUAGAAAGCAACCAUGCCUGGGUACCUCGCUACCUAAAUGGGUACUGGGAGACAGGGAGACAAAGAUGCAAACUGGUGCUGUUG